AUGAAUUCAAAUAAUUCUCAUCUUAUAUCUACAGUUCUACCAAAUUUACUCGAUAAAUUAAAAUAUAUGAAUUAAAUAGGAAUAUAUUGUGGAGCUAGUAUGAAAUUAUGCAAAGAUUAUUAUUAAAAAGGAAAUUAUAAUAAAUUAGAAGAAAUUAUAAAUGUAUUAUUUUUAUUUUAUACUCAAGAAUAUUUAAACUGUUUUGGAUAAUAGUCAAAUACAAGAUGAAGAUAGAAAAAAAGCAUUUCUAUCUGAAUUAUUGGCUUAUAGAGUUCUAUUGUACAAUAGUACAAAUCGUCAAGAAUAAAUCAAACCACUUUAUAGAUAAUUAUUAAAAUCUAAUCUAGAUUUGCUUGAACCUUAUGUAUUUAUCAAUUAUAACCUAGAUAUCUGGAGUUAUUAAUCUAACAAUUGGUUAAUAAAAGGCUCUAGAAAGACAAUAUGAAUAAAGUAGAAAGAAAUUCAUGGAGGCUUUCUAUAGUUUUUUAGAUGCAUGUUCACCAGAAGCUAAAUAGGCACUUAUUUAUGCAUCUGUUGUUAGUAUACUUGAAAACUUUAAAAUGAAUUUGUUCGAUGACAUGAAGAGUAAGGUUUAUGAAUAAGAUCAAAAUGUUAAAGUAUUUUAAGAUUUAAGAAUAUCUUAUGAAUAAUAAAAUGUAUAGAAUUUCAGUAACAUUAUUAAUUCUGAAGUAAAAAUAUUUUCUAUUUUAUAGUACUUUUAAAAUGAUAUAUUUUUAGCAUUGUUGAAACCUUAUAUGUAAUAAAUAAUUGUUGAAGUCAAAAUAUUAAGAUAUAUUAAAUGUUAUUCAACAAUUAAAUUAGAUUAUUUAUCCAAAUAAUUAUUGAUUGAAAUUCCUGUUUUAAAAAAAUACAUUUAAGGAUUGAUAACCAAAAAAUAAUUUAAUGGAUUAAUUGAUGAAAUAGAAGGAUAUUUAGAAAUUAGAAGAGAAGUUGCAGAAACUCAAACAAAGGCCUUAAAAAUCAUUGUUGAUCAAAUCAAAAUAUUUGAUUACUGA